GUUAUGAAUGCCAUAAAUACGCAACCCACCAGAGGCGUUCGUUUUCUCUCCACACUCCUCAUUCAUCAGCAAAGAACAAUCCAUCAUACAAGUAACAGCCCUGUCCAACAACUCUCCUUCAACUUCCAUCACCAUCUCCACCAUCAAGUUAUCCAAACACCAACAAGCCCGCCUUCAAUCCUACAUGACCGUCCUCCACUCCUUCUCCCACCCUCGCCACGGCCUCUCCCUCUCCACCUCACCCCCAAGUCAUCUUCAAGACUACGAGACCAUCACCUCCGUCGACCUGUUCCAUUUCUCAUCGCCCGACGCAGAGUUCUUCAAAGACGACAUCCAUCGACAACGUCGCGCCGAGGUCCUGCAGAAACAGCGCGAUCGCAACGUUCGGAACUACGUUUUUAAGAAGCUAAAGAACCGAGGCGGCGCAAAUGGUACCUGGGACGAAGAGCAGAAGAUCCGACAGAAGCGGGAGCACCGUCGGAGACAGCAACAUGACACCGACAGUGGCAGCGACCAUGGCAACGUGGUCAAGUCAGAAUGUAAGACGGCCUCGUGCAUCCAGGGACGAAGACUCGCCACGAAAGCCUCGCAUGGUUCAGGACUUUCGGUCACUUCGAGCUCCGAGGGAUCAGAUCGCAAGAGCAAAAAGCAUAACAAGAAGCGUUUCAACAUCAACCGGUCCAACAAGCGCGCAGAUCGCCAUCGCCUUCCCUCGGACGAGGCAUUCUCAGACUCAUCCGACUCGGAGACCACUUCAGAAGACGAGAAUGACGACCUUGAUCACGGCCCUGGACAGUGCUCUUUCACCAGGGGUGUCGAGGUUCUAGUCGAACACUUCCGGUUCAAGCACAAUCUCAACUUCAAGGUCGAUGACGAUGAAGGCGCUGACGACGAGUCCGAGGGCAACAAAAGUAGUGCGCUCGGUCAGAAGCUGGAUGCGCUCGAGUGGAAGCGGGCGUUUGAGCGGAAAUUGGACGAGAGAGAUCAACGCCGGGUACUACAGAUUACGAAGCAGCAGAAGAAGAUCACAAAGGAUUCCAAGGGCAAUAAGUCCUUGGGCGCCUAAGCGACGGGGAGUGGUGUUCUCUCUCUUCGUGUCUUGUUCAUUCGCACAUCUUAUACCCAUCUCAGAAUUCCCGGCCAUCGCCCGCACUUGUAAACAUAGAUAUUGCGCGACAAUAAACCACAGUCC